AUGCUUUGCUGUGGAGAACUCAAACUACUCUACGCCACUAUAGUUCUGUUACUUGAAGCCGAGUUGCUAGUAAAUACGGGUGCUAUGGAGUCGAAGAGGUCUUCCAUAUUGGUUUCUCAGAAUGCAGACGAUUUGAAAUCGUUGGAGCUUUGCACUACAAGGAACCAACAGCGGCUUGGUAGUGUGUUUGGGAACUUCACGAGACAUCACAAAAAAGGUCACAGAAGAAGAACAACAACAACCUCACAAGCUCCAACCACAGUUAACUUCUCGACACUAAGCGGAGAAGACCCCACCGAGUUCUACACCACAACAGAAUAUGUUCUCACAACAUAUCCUAAGUUACCAAAACCACUACGCCUCACCUCCCUAUUAGAUAAAGAAUACAAUGAUGAUGUACAUAAUAUAAAUAACAUUAUAGAUGAAGUAACUAUAGGUAGAGGAAGACACAGUAAACAUGAUAGAAUUACUGAUAAAGAAAUUUUAAAAGAACUAGAUGAGAGUACACUAUCAAAAUCAAUGAAUAAAGUUAAGAAAAUGUACAGAGAUUCAGCGGGUUCAACCGUUAAUAAAUUAAGUGGGAAAGUCGGUAAAGCUGGUAUAUUUUUGACAGAAAACUGUACAACAGUUAUAGCUCAAAUAGGUACGACGGCGAUACUGCAUUGUGAAGUUAGUGAUAUCACCGAAAACACGGUAACGUGGAUACGAAGAAAAGACUACUCGUUGCUGUCAGUCGGUCUUGUGACCUAUAGUGCUGACAGCAGGUUCUUCUCAGCUCAUGGCAGACAUGUGAAGGACUGGGCGUUACACAUAAGGUUUGCGACAUCAGCAGACGCUGGUUACUACGAGUGUCAAGUUCCAACACACCCACCGACCAGUAUCUUCUUCAAGCUUGUCCUUGUUGCGGCGUACGCGGAGAUAGUGGGCGAAUCAGAGAAGAUCAUCCAUGAAGGUUCGAUGCUGAGGCUCGUGUGCGUUGUGAAGCGAUCCACUGAGCCGCCAUCUUACGUGUUUUGGUACUUCGAGAACAGAAUGAUCAACUAUGAUUUGAAUGGCGUGAGUGUUCACAAUGGACGUCAGACAAGCGAGCUGGUCAUUGGUAAGGCGGAGCCUCGUCAUGCCGGAAACUAUACUUGCGUGCCAGCUAAUGCAAAAGCAGCAUCUGUAACGGUCCAUGUUGUACAGAGUGAAACCCCAGCUGCAAUGCAACAUGGCAACAAUUCCUCAGCAUCAAAUACACAGACACACCUAUUAAUCCACCUACUGGUGACUAUAAUCGGUUUGAGAAUGAUCUUCUUACAAAACCAUCAAGAAUUUGGAUAA